GGGUUGUUGGGUUCCUUCCCUCUUUCCCUCGUUCCACGAGGCAACCUUUCGCCUUUCACACCGCUCGCGCGUUCCUCCCUUCACUGGUGGUUGAGCCACGAGACGCGACGUUCUCCCUCUCAAAAAAAAAAGAGAAAAAUACUCACGAAAAAUUGUUCACGCGAAACUCUACGUCUACGCUACGCUUGUUUAACGUCUUUUUUGUCUUUUCGUUUCGCAUCCUGAUAUCCAUAUACUGACUUGUUCCUCCUUUCCGAUGCGACUCAUCUCACGACUAUUACGAAUCCACCCCCCAGAAAGCCCACCUCCGCCCCCCUCUCCUGGUGAUACCUCCCAAAACACCUCCCCACACCGCAUGGACUCGGAAGGAUACCCAGCCUGGCUUCCCCAGCGUCCCCCACCACCUGCUCCAGCAUCGACAGUGCGGUCUUCUACGAUGGACGUCACUUCCCCCACCCCUGAGCCCAUCCCAGGUCCGAGCUCGCAUCCUCCGUCGUCGUACCUAGGUGGGAGGAGGGCCACACCGCGGUCUGUGAGGAUCGUUAGUGAUUCCGUGUAUGGUUUGGAGGGGGAUAGGGAGAAGGAGAAGGAGAAGGAAAGACGUGUGCCAACCGAUCAUACACAAGGGAGUCACCCGCGUGUGUGGUCCCGUGCUACAGGUGCUGCGCUCUCCGCCUCACCCACAGUCUUCGACCCACCCGUUUCCCAGCCAAAAUUCCGCGUCCGCGGGCUCAAUAUCGAGUUACUCCUCAACCCCUCCCCUUUCGCUCGCGUGUACUUUUAUGUGUUUCGUGUAUUCAUCUUUGCGCAUCUUUUUUUGCAGACGUUCUUCGAUUUCAAUGCUGUGUUUAUUAUCAUUCAGGUAGCCAAAUUCCCUAACCCCGACAUCCCCGGCUCAGGAAAAAACUGGGCUUUGGGCGCCGCAGCCUACAUCUUCUGCUGGGCCCUCCAACUCCUCGGGGUCUUCCUCAUCUACGAGCUCCUCUACUCCUUCGUCCGGCGUUGGCGCGUCAAGCGCCCCUCCAUAUACCCCAUAUACCUCUCCUCCCCCGCCUUCAACUUUGUCUCCAUCCUCUCCUUUCGCAACUUUUGCUUCCUCCACUACCUCCGGUAUUCCGCCUUUCGGGGCCACGGGGGAAGCUUCCGGGAUGGGCUGGCAGAGACGUUCUGGUUCUAUGCGCAGAACCUUCCGACUGUUGUGCUCCUCCUGCCCAGGGCGGGGAUCUCUUUGGCGUUGUUACUGGAGUUUUGGGAGCCGCAGGUGGGGGAAGUCGUACUCGCGGAUGCAGGGAUUAAUAAUCGGGACGGGACGUUUUUUCGUGCGGGGGGAGCGUUGACGGAUUAUGCACGUGGGGUGCUUAUUGCGAACGCUGCUUGGACGGCGUGGCGGACGCUAGUACUGUUCUUUAGCUGGAUUGGCCUGUGGGUAGUGAGCGGCCACGGCUGUGCAGGAUUCUGCGGUCCCCGCGACAGAUGGGAAGAAGAAGACGCGGAAAAGACCAUCUCAGUAUACAGCGAGAGCCCCACACUCGCUGAUACACUCCCCUGGAGCUGGCGGGAGUGUACGAAAACGCGUAUCCAAGAAGCAUACGACUUUUGUCUCACCACCACGCGUCCUGCCUCUUCUUCUCGGAAGAAGGAACUGGGAGAUACCCCAGAGCCACUCGAGGGUAUGGAGCAGAUCAUGGCUGCUGUUGGGCUGGGGAGUACGGCGCCCCCGACAAGGAGGGGUGUGCUUACGGAUGAUUUCUUCAAGGGGCCGAAAGGGGAACCCUCACCGGAGAUUGUGGGAGAGCCUGAGGCGUCUACGUCGGGAGGAGGAGGAGGGCCGCUGAGGGAGCUGCCGUAUCCGUUCACGACCAAGACCGCGCAGGUAUCCUCGGAUGACGAAAAGGUGCCCUUCCCGCCUUCUCCGUCCCUGCCAAGUGAGGAGAAGGUCACUACGGAGAAAGACACUGCCGACGACGACGACGAUGAGGAAGGGGAAGAAGAGGAAGACAUCGCCCAAGCAGAACUAGGCAUCAUCGGCAGCAGCGACAGACGCUCCUCCGGACGCGCCUCAGGGUCAAUGUCCAGCUUAGGCCACCCCGUCUCCUCGCGGUACCCUUUCCAGUUCCGGAAACCCGCCACCACGCGGGGAACGAGUCUCUCCUCUGGUACACCGCCCCGGUCCGUCCAUUCGCAUAUCUCACAGUCGACGGGGAACGUCGAGUCCUCUUCCGAUUCGCAUUCUCCAAGGUCCCAUUAUAGUACUAGCUCGGAUGCUGCGAGCCCGAGGAGCUUGGCGAUCCCUAUGCCUAUGCCGCCGAGGCAUCCCAAUCGGAGUCGAGCAGGGACGGUCCCUUCUUCGUCUUCUGGCCCGUCUUCUCCUAGUAGUCCUGUCAGUUUCCCCAGGUCAGGACGCUCUAGAGCGAGGACACGAACGAGUAGCAGUAUCGGGGAACCUCAACCCGUGCCUUCGAGUUCAGAUCUGGAAGGGGGAGACGACGAUGAAGGAAUCGAAGAGGGUGACACGCUAGACCAGUCACUCCCUGAAGUAGCAGCAGAAAGCGAAGACGUCGUCGGUCUGCUGACACUCGAACCAUCCGGCUCAAACUCCCCUCGUAUACCUCUCCGCCCCUCAUCACACCGCAGCACCUCCACCUCACGCUCCAACUCCCAGAGCGGUGCGUCCUCCUCCUCGCGUUCGCGCGCAGGAUCUCUAUCCGCCGUGCGCUCCCGUACCCAGUCCCUAAUCCACAGCAUCAGCGUAACCAGUCUCGAACUCGUCCAAGGUGCCAUGCGUUCCCGCGCGGACUCGUCCAUGGCGCGGUUGGAAGAGGAUCCCAGUCCCACUCCCGGGCACUCGCGGUCAGGAAGCUCGACGGAUCCUAGUGGGAGCGGGAGUGGCGGGGAGAACUGGACGUUCGGACACCCGAUGGCGUGGCAGAGGCAGGAGAUGCGGGAGCACCGGCAACAGCAACAUGAGGAGGCGGAAGAGUAUGAGUAUGAGGAGGGACCGUAUGUUCGGGGACAACAGCCCUCGCCGGUUAUUGAGAGAGACUCGGAGAGCGAGUCCUCCCAUGACGAUCCUGUGCCUGUGCCUAUCGUGAUGCACGAAUCGAGGUCGGAGUUGUCUGUUGGUACGGAGCAGCCGUACAUGAGUGCUACGUCUCUAUCACCCCCCUCGGUAUUCACGCCUAGACCCCGAGAACGAGAAAGCGAGGGUGCGUUGACGUUGAGCAGCCACCCGGACAUCAGCACCGCCGCAGCGUCAUUCGUCACCGCCCCUGCCACCAUUGAGGGGUCCACGACGACCGAAGAGAGUAUUCGGUCGGUGUCCACUAUACAUCAUAUGGUUGACCGGCCCCAUCCGAGUGGGAUGGGUGGGUACGGGCCUUUGUAGAUUAGAUUCGAGGAUUCGGUUGACUUAUUUUCGUGUUGUUUGUUUAUUCCUAACAUUGACGACCCUUACUAUACAUUAAGCAUUCACCAUUCGUCCCCACCCCACCUACCUACGCAUUUACUUAUCUUGGAUAUCUUCCCUAUACUUUCGGUGGAACUACUAAUCAUCAUGGAAAUAAAAAUGUUAUCACGAUUCAAAGAAAGGUGGGUA